CCCCUAGACUACUAGAAGCUUCUCCUCUCUCCUCCACCCCGCGCCGCCCAAACCCUAGCCCUCGCCGCCAUGGCCCUCGCGCUGCGACUCCGGCGAGCCCUCGCCGCCGCCUCCACCUCCGCCUCCCCCUUCCUCCGCCCGGCCGCGUCCGCCUCCCGGUCUGCCCCCCUCGCGGCGGCGCCGCUGCCGCCGCCGCACCAGGUCUCGCGGCCGUGGCUCCCCGCCGCCGGGUUCCGGUCGUCGGCGGCGGCGUCGGCGGCGGCGCGCGGGGAUGACUACGGGAGGCGCGACGUGGACGAGAAGAUAUCCCCCGACGAGAUCCUCUUCGAGGGCUGCGACUACAACCACUGGCUCAUCACCAUGGAGUUCCCCGACCCCAAGCCCACCCGCGAGGAGAUGAUCGAGACCUACCUCCAGACCCUCGCCAAGGUCGUCGGAAGUUAUGAAGAGGCUAAGAAGAGGAUGUACGCUUUUAGUACAACAACAUAUGUUGGUUUUCAAGCUGUAAUGACUGAGGAGAUGUCAGAAAAGUUCCGUGGAUUGCCUGGAGUUGUAUUCAUAUUACCUGAUUCAUAUCUUUAUCCAGAGACAAAGGAGUAUGGAGGAGACAAAUAUGAAAAUGGUGUGAUCACCCCAAGACCACCUCCUGUUCAUUAUAGCAAACCUUCAAGGACUGACAGGAACCGUAACUAUCGUGGAAAUUACCAGAACGGUCCUCCACAGGGAAAUUACCAGAACAGUCCUCCACCAUAUGGCUCACAGCAAGAUGGAAGAGGCUAUGCCCCACGGCAGAAUUAUGCAGAUCGUCCAGGUUACAGUGGAACGUCUGGUGGCUACCAAAGUCAAACAACACAAUACCAAGGGCAUGCAAAUCCAGCUGGACAAGGUCAAGGUUACUACAACUCACAAGAGCGCAGGAACUUCAACCAGGGGCAGGGAGGCGAUUUCAGGCCUGGCGGCCCUUCAGCGCCUGGAACUUAUGGUCAACCACCAGCACCUGGAAAUUAUGCGCAACCACAUCCACCAACUUAUCCUGGAAGCAACCAAGGAGCUCCUGGUGUAAAUCCUGGUUAUGGUGGAAACAACAGGCAGGGGCCUGGACCUGCAUAUGGAGGAGAUAACUGGCAAGGGGGUUCUAAUCAGUAUCCUAGCCAAAGCGAAGGACAACAAGAGAGCUGGCGGGGAAGGCAAUAAGGGCUUUAACAUGUGUUCCAGUCACGGACGAGAGGGCAUAAUUAUGCUGCUUGAAAUGUAGAAACUCCCACCUGUACAAUAAAUGACUGCGCUGCUUUACUAUUUCUUGCUGCUUGCAUUCAUGUUCUGAAGAAUGAGCUAAGCCUAGUACCAACAGUCUAAAUGGAUGCAGACAUUAAUUUUGUUGUUCUUAGCCAUAUUGUCAUUUACAUCACAAGGGCUCUUCAUUUUUAAUGAUUGGCAUGCGUGUCUAUCACUAAUUGAAUCGUGGCAUCGGCCUACAGUUGCUAGUUCCCAGAAGUUGAAUCUUAUCACAGAUGGAAUGAACAAUAUAUUGAAGGUUAGCUUUAUAUAACCUG